GCUCGAUGGCCGUGGCCGAGGUGGGCGCCUGUGGCAGGCAGCUGCUCCUGCGGCCUCGGAUCAUUCUCUUCGGAGACUCCAUCACGGAGUUUUCCUUCCAAGAAAAUGGAUGGGGAGCAUCACUUGCCCACAGACUGGCUCGAAAGUGUGAUGUUUUGAAUCGUGGGCUCUCUGGCUAUAACUCCAGGUGGGCGAAAAUUGUUCUUCCAAGAAUAAUUAACAAAGACUCCAGUGCUGAGAACACAGUGGCAGUAACAGUCUUUUUUGGAAGUAAUGACAGUGCUUUAAAAGAGCUGAAUCCUAAGCAACAUGUCCCACUCGAUGAGUACGCUGACAAUUUGAAGAGUAUGAUACAGUAUCUAAAGUCUGUGAAUAUUGCAGAGGAUAAAAUUAUUUUGGUGACACCCCCACCUCUUCAUGAAACAGCGUGGGAAAAAGAGUGUAUCGCCAAAGGUGAGAAAUUAAACCGUCUCAACUCUACUACUGGGAAGUAUGCCAAGGCAUGUGUUCAAAUAGCCAGAGACUGUGGCACUGAGGUCGUUGAUCUGUGGACGCUCAUGCAAGAAAACAACCAGGACUUUUGCUGUUAUCUGUCAGAUGGACUUCAUUUAUCUGGGGAAGGAAAUAAUUUUCUAGCCAACCAGCUUUGGUCCCUCCUAGAACGAAGGACAUCAGAACUCCCUCUGCUGUUGCCUUACUGGCGAGAUGUUGAUCAUCUCCAUCCUGAAGCCAGCCUCCUAGAGAGUUCGCGGGAGUAAUCAAUAGAACGUAACUUCUGAGUCUUGUCUAAAUAGCCUUGGUGUGUUUGUUUAUGUGCAAAAUAAAAUGUUUGUUUUACUUAAGGA